GAAUUGGGCCCAGCCCUCCUUCUACGGGCCACUCAUUUGGAAUUUCAAUCAUCCUCUUCGCAUUUCAAGCUCAACUCUAUUUACGGUUUUCAUUUUACCUAUUAGGGUUUCUGCGAAGGGUAAAGCCGGAGAGCAGCAGCCAUGGUUCUCAAGACUGAACUUUGCCGCUUCAGCGGCGCCAAGAUAUACCCUGGUGAGGGUAUCAGAUUUGUUAGAUCAGAUUCUCAGGUUUUCCUGUUUGCUAACUCAAAAUGCAAGAGGUACUUCCACAAUCGAUUGAAGCCUUCAAAGCUUACUUGGACAGCUAUGUACAGAAAGCAACAUAAAAAGGACAUAGCUGCCGAGGCUGUGAAAAAAAGACGCCGUGCCACCAAGAAGCCAUACUCAAGGUCCAUUGUUGGAGCUACCUUGGAAAUUAUCCAGAAAAAGAGAACUGAAAAACCAGAAGUACGAGAUGCAGCACGGGAAGCUGCUCUUCGUGAAAUUAAGGAGCGAAUCAAGAAAACAAAGGAUGAGAAGAAGGCAAAGAAAGCAGAAACGAUGGCCAAGACUCAAAAGACUCAGAGCAAGGGAAGCCUGCCCAAGGGUGCUGCACCAAAGGGCCCCAAAAUUGGAGGUGGUGGUGGAAAGCGCUGAGCAGCCAACUUAGACUAGUAAAAUGGAGCAACUGAACAAGUUGUAUUGGUGAGGAAGUUUUUGUAGUGCUUUCUUGUUCGUCAGUUUUGUUUUGGAUAUCCUUUCCUUUAAUUUUUACAAUUGAACUCAAGAAAGAGCAAGAUUUAAUUUGUAUUAAGGUUUUUAAGCACUGGCCAGAUUCAAUAUUGCUUACAGGCAUUGUUCCGAAUUCCUAAUGAAUGAUGAUCUCAACUUUUAGAAGCA